AGCGGCAGCUCACUGUGUCAACAUUCAGAGACGAAAAACAACCGGCGGCAUUUAGCUGCUAACCAAGUUAACGGACGUGUUUACUACCUGUUAGUGUGACUGUCUGCAUUAAGGACUGGUGACAAGAAGCAGCUGGUUUCAGGCGUGACAGCAUCAGUCUGACAUGCUGAUGGAGAAAUAAAACCCACUGAUGGAAACCCAGAGGAAGAGCUCUGGGGAUGACGGCGGUGGAGAGCGAGGCCUGCUCCACACCUGGAAGGGCUACUCGUGCAGCAUCACCCCCGAGAGGCUGCUCCUCCCCCGGCCCGUCCUUCAGGUCGCACUGGGCACGCGGCACGGAGUUCUGCUGGUGGAAGGAGGACAGGUGUACAGUUUUGGGGACUUGCCAUGGAAGCAGAGUCAAGUGCCCGAGCUGGCGAAACCCACCCUGGAGAGCGCGCUCAGUGGCCAGCGGGUGGUCGCCGUGGCAGCUGGGAGCUUCCACAGCGGGGCAGUGACGGAGGACGGUGGCGUCCACAUGUGGGGGGACAACGGCGCGGGACAAUGCGGCCUGUCGAGCCUCAGCUCCGUCCCCAACCCGACUCCAGUCGCUCUGGUGGACUCUGACACCAGCCCUCCGCAGACGGUACCGGUGCUGGAGCUGGCUUGCGGGCAGCAGCACACGCUGGCGCUCUCGGUCCAGCGGGAGGUGUGGGCGUGGGGAAGCGGUUGCCAGCUUGGCCUCAACGUCUCCGUCUUUCCUGUUUGGAAACCGCAAAAGGUCGAGCACUUAGCUGGCAGGUAUGUACUCCAGGUGGCCUGCGGGGCCUCGCACAGCCUGGCUCUGGUGCGCUGCCUGGGCCCUCUGGACGUCCAUCGGCCCCCCGUGGACAAAUGCGGACAGUGUAACCAGCUGCUUUACACCAUGACGGACAAAGAGGACCACGUCAUCAUCUCUGACAGUCACUACUGCCCGCUUGGCGUGGAGCUGACUGAGGAUGAGGGCAGGCUGGAGGCGCCUGCUCUGACACAGGGGCUCAAAACAUCCCCGUCCGAGCCGGUCCUCCCCUCUCAGACCUCCACCUUAGGACCCGCUAAUAACAGUGACCCCUCCCACCCACAGGACUUAGAGAAAGGAGACUCAUCCUUAGCUAACGGAGCGCUUCCUGCCUCAGACUCUGACCCCUCGGCUGAGUCCGCAGAUGGCGGCGGUGCCGUCGCGGGGGUCAAAAAUUCACCCUAUCCAGACGAGCAGGCUGUCAAAGAUUACCUAAAGAAACUGUCAGACAACACUCAGGCAGAGCAGACGGCUAAAGCUGGAGGGCUGCACGCUCUGCUGCCUUCAACAGGAAGAGAAACAAGCUCUACGCUCAACAGCCUGGUGGCCUCCUGCGCUUCGGCGGUCGGCGAGCGCGUCGCCUCCACUUACGAGGCGUUGUCCCUUAAAAAGAUGAUGAACUUCUACCUUCCUUCGGGAGCGUCGAGGUCGGCGGGGAUCACUGGGGCCGUACCCGGAGUGGGCGAUAACACCACCGAGCGCGUCCGCCAGGAGGACUCCAUGCAGGCCAAGAAGAGCUCCAGCACGGGUGACAUCCGAGAGGAGGAGGCCGAGGGUCUCCGGCGCCGCCUCUCGCUCCCGGGACUCCUCUCACAGGUGUCCCCGCGGCUGCUGCGUAAAGCCGGUCGUCCCAGGAUGCGCGCCGUGGCUCUCACCCCGCUGGGAGGGGCGGUCCCCGAGGCCCAGGAGGUGCUGCCCACCCUGCAGACGGAGGUGUGGAGCUGGGGCCACGGCGAGCACGGACAGCUGGGCCACGGAGACAACCUGGCCAGAUUACAGCCGCUGUGCAUCAAAAGUCUCAACAAUAAGGAGGUGGUGCGAGUGGCGGCCGGCGCUCACCAUUCCCUCGCUCUGACGGCCCAGUCGCAGGUGUUCUCAUGGGGAAGUAACAGCUCUGGUCAGCUGGGUCAUAUGGAGUCACCCAGCACGGUCCCCCGUCUGGCCAAGAUGUCAGAGGGUAUCCGCGUCUGGGAUGUUAGCGCCGGAGAGAGACACACCCUUCUGCUGGCUGACGGAGACUGCAUCCAACCCAUCAUUUAUUACAGCGGACAGCAGGUAAAGGAGGGGACGGAGGAAAACCACGCCAAGGAGACGGGACAGCAGGAGGAAGAAGAGGAAGGAGAGCAGCGGGUGGGAGGUUACACCCAGCAGCCUGUACUGCUCCCCUUCUGCAUGCAUCUGGGUUAUGUGAGCAGUGUGUUUGCGGGCGGCCGGCGGUGCGUGGCGCUCUCCGACAGGAACGUGAUGGGUUUCAUCGCCAGCCUCCACGAGCUGGCGUCAGCUGAGAGAAAGUUCUACUGCAAACUGUGUAACAUCAAGACGCAGAUAAUUCGCCCCCUGCUGGAGCUCGAAUCUCUGAGCUCAGCUCUGGGUCAGGUGACCCUCGGUCUCCUGCAGACGCUGGCCGGCAGAUUCAGCCUCAUGUGUCACCUGACCGGGCAGCACGCCGCCAGCCUCACCUCCAACCUGCGCCGCGGCCGCGACGUCAAGAGCCUGCUCAUCCUCGACCACGCCGACAUCUUCCUCGACUCUUAUCACGAAUACUGCAUCGCUCUGGGCAACUUCCAGGUGAUGGGAGGUUUCCAGGCCCUCACCAAACCCUCGCUAGAUUUCUUCGGGAAGAGUCCCGAGCUGCUCCAGAGGCUGGCAGAGUGCAGCGAGGAGAACCCCGCCAUGGCCGACCUCCUGGUGGCGCUCUUCUGCCUCCCGACGCGCCACCUGCACGAAUACGGGCGGCUGCUGCUCAAACUGGCCACCUGCUUCGAAGUGAGCUCCAGUGACUAUCAGAGGCUGCAGGACAGCUGCUCCAAGUUUGAAGCUUUGGUUCUUCAGCUGAAGAGAAAAAGGAAGGAAGCAGAAUACACCUUCCACUUCUGGAAGAGCUUCCCCGGCAAGAUGACGCUGAAUGGCGUCUUUGUGCGUCGUCAGGACUCUCUGCGGAAGCCUCACCGCCGGCUGAUCUGCGAGAGCAGCAACAAAGCCCUGACCCUGCAGAACGCCGGGAGGUUCUCCGUCAACUGGUUCAUCCUUUUCAACGACGCUUUGGUCCACGCGCAGUUCUCCACCCAUCAUGUCUUCCCGUUGGCCACGCUGUGGGUGGAACCAAUCCCAGAGGAGAACACUGGCCUAUAUGGGUUAAAGGUGAUCACACCAGAGGAGACGUUCACCCUGCUGGCCUGCUCUCCCAUGGAGAAGGCCAAGUGGCUUCGCUCCAUCAACCAGGCGGUGGACCAGGCGCUGAACGGGGCGGGGCAGGACACGGCGUCUGUCAGCUCGGGGGCGGGGCAAAAGUUGGAGCCUCCCAUCUCCAGGACCGCCUCCUACACCUUUUACAAGGACGGUCGGCUGAAAGAGGCGACGUAUGAAGGCCGAUGGCUGGCCGGCAAACCCAACGGCAGGGGAGUGUUAAAGUGGCCUGAUGGGAGAAUAUACACCGGGGAGUUCAAGAACGGACUGGAGGACGGUUUUGGUGAAUUUGUGGCUCCCAAUAAGACGCUGAACAAGAACGAUCACUAUCAAGGUCACUGGAAGGAUGGGAAGAUGCACGGCUUGGGGACAUACAGGUACGCCAGCGGCGAGGUUUACGAUGGAUCCUUCCAGGACGGCAUGCGGCACGGCCACGGCAUGCUGCGCAGCGGCAAGCUCAACACCUCGUCCCCCAGCGUCUUCAUCGGCCAGUGGCUCCAGGACAAGAAGACCGGCUACGGAGUCUUUGACGACAUCACCAAAGGGGAGAAGUACAUGGGCAUGUGGCAGGAUCAUCUGCGGCAGGGCACCGGGGUCGUCGUCACCCAGUUUGGUCUUUACUACGAGGGAGUCUUCAAAGACAAUAAGAUGAUGGGCACUGGGAUCCUCCUGUCAGAGGAUGACACCACAUACGAGGGCGAAUUCUCUGACGACUGGACCCUUAAUGGAAAGGGUGUGCUGACGAUGGCGAAUGGUGACUACCUGGAGGGCUCCUUCGGCGGCGAAUGGGGCUCCGGCCUGAAGGUGACCGGCUCCUACUUCAAACCUCACCUGUUCGACACGGACAAGGAGAAGACUCACGCCGUGAAGCUGGGGCGUCUGUGUGUGUGUGCGGAGGAUAAGUGGCAGGCGGUGUUUGAUGAGUGUUGGAGUCAGCUGGGCUGCGAGGCGCUGGGCCAAGGAGAGAACUCGAAGGCGUGGGAGAACAUCGCCGUGGCGCUCACCACCAGCCGACGGCACAUCGAGCACAGUCCGGAGCUGUUGUCUCGGACUCACAGCAAAACUCUGGAGAGUUUGGAGGUCAUCCCACAGCACGAAGGACCCAUCACCAUGGAGAGAUAUGACACCAUCCGCCUUUACCUCAUCAAGGCGUGUGACACCCCCCUGCACCCGCUGGGCCGGCUCGUGGAAACCCUGGUGGCGGUCUACAGGAUGACCUACGUGGGCGUCGGAGCCAACCGUCGACUCCUGCCUCAGGCUGUCAACGAGAUCAAGUCUUACCUCUACCGCAUCUUCCAGAUCGUCAGGUUUCUGUUCCAAGACCUGCCAGAAGAGGGCGGUGUGAUCCCAGAGCCGACCACCAACGUCCAGGACGAAACAGAGCCGGGCUCCACUGAUGCCCAGCUGGACUCACCAAAGCCGAGCCGUGUGGUGAGCAGCUCGGCUCUGCUGCUUCCCGUCCUCCUGCCUCGUCUCUACCCGCCGCUCUUCACCCUCUACGCUCUGGACAAGGAGAAAGAGGAUGACGUGUACUGGGAGUGUGUCCUCCGCCUCAACAAGCAGCCUGAUCUCGCUCUGCUCGCCUUCCUGGGCGUCCAACAGAAGUUCUGGCCUGUUUCCAUCCCCGUCUCCAUGCCCGCGCUGGGAGAGAAGCAGCAGGUUCUCUCCAGCACUAAAGACGCCUGCUUUGCCACCGCAGUGGAAACACUACAGCAGAUCAGCACAACAUUCACCCCGUCAGACAAGCUGCAGGUGAUCAAACUGACCUUUGAGGAGAUCACGCAGGAAGUGCAGUCGCUGCUGAAGCAGGACUUCCUGUGGUCCAUGGACGACCUCUUCCCUGUCUUCCUCUACGUGGUGCUGCGUGCUCGAAUCAGGAACCUCGGGUCAGAAGUCAGUCUGAUCGAAGACCUGAUGGACCCCUGCGUCCAGCACGGAGAGCACGGAAUCAUGUUCACCACGCUAAAGGCCUGUUACUACCAGAUCCAGCAUGAGAAGAUCCAUUAAGGCGGCUGUGGCGUUGGUCCUCAGUGAUCUGCAUGCUGCUGCCGCCCUCCCCUCCCCUCCCCUCCCCACCACUCCCCACCACUCCCACACACACCAGCCAAUCACAGCGCCAGGAUCAUCCAGAUCCAGGAAUGACAGAUGUGUGCAACAGCCAACGGGAGGCGGAGGAUCAUACGAACAGGUUGCAGGCAGCUCCAUCUGCUGCUGCUACGGAGACGGGAACACCUCCCCCCUCUCUGACACGUACACACACACACACACACACACACACACUCUCUGCGGAGCUCUUUGCCCUUUCAGCAACCCCUCACAGCCUCUUAUCCACAGAUCAUGAAGGUACAUAUGUGAAUAUACUGCCAGAGAUGAGCCACUUCAUACCGUCCAGUGUAAAACGGUUACAUAAGUCCAUAAACGUCCUGUGGAGAAUCCUGACGUGGGCGGCGUUGUUACCUGGGAGGGAACUGAAGCUUCAUACCAGUGUUUUGUGUUUUUCUAAGUGCCAAUAGGACUGGGGUUUGUUCUCCGGUGUCUCUGCAGUUCACAGUGAGCACAUCUGGUGACACAAACCUCUUUUUUUUUUCUUUUUUUUUUCCAUCAGAAGAAUUUUUCCAGCAUGAAAACCAACUUUUAUUUUGGCAGAGUGAGAAGAUUCGUCUACUCACCUGACGCCCACAUGAAGAAACUGACAAAGACAUGGAGACGCAUGUCGCCUGAUGAGCCUGACAGACUUUUUAUUUCGUGUUGGCUGAGACAGACGUUUGUUUACAGCUAGGUUUGAUAUUGUAUUUAUACACAACAAAUCAUAUACAGCAUGCAUAGAGGAAACUAACUCGGCUAUAACUCUAAAUGCUAACGUUUUCCUCUUCUAACACCAGCUGGCAGCCAAACACACAGUUAAAUGUUGUUAGCGGCUAAAUUAGCCAUCUUUUGGCAGCCAAACAGCUUUCCAUUUUAAGAAGUAGUGUCGCUGGGAGAAGAGUUCAGUCUAGUGUGACUUUAAACUGACACCAUGACUUGUUUCUGAACAUCCAGAUGAAGAAACGUGACUUCGUUGAACUCGAUAAACACACAUUCUGACUCUUGCAGUAUCGUAGACAUUUAUCUUCCUGACUUUAAAAGAGUCAAAGAGUCAAAUCAUAGAUGCAAAACUAGUCCUCGUUUCCUUCAUGUGUUAGUAAAAGCUUUGCAGAAACAGACAAAAAGCUAAAUACAGUUUUAAAAGAUGCUUUCAAAGACAAUCUGAACACAACUUGUGUGUGUUUCUGAGCAAAGUUUUCAGUAUUAAUGAAUUUUUCGAGCGGGUAGGUACACAGGUCUGCAAAAUCUGAAAACAGUGUUGAAACAUAUUUUUCUUCAGUCUCACUACACAUCAUCGCUUUCCAAUGAAGAAAACAUGUUUCUCCAAAUACGCCAAUUUAGAUUUUCUCAGAUAAAAUGAAGGAUUAAGUUCUCUUUUAUGUUGCAAAACCCCUCUCCUCCUUCUCAAGCUAGAUAAACCAUUUAAAAACUGUCAAAAAACUGGAAACACGACGAUUUCUAUCUCCUGAAAAGUCGACAUUUUGGAGGUGCAUUGUUUUCUUUACGAAUGUUCUCCUGUCGUGGUGUUUAGCGUUGUGAACGGCAACCUGAUCGUCAGUAUGAAUCUUUUAACAGUGUUGAAGGAGAAGAGAAAUUUGAGCUGAGAUCUUUUUUUUUUUUUUCUUCCGCUGCCAUCCAGUAUAAAGCGGACAACAGUGUUCAGUGCAGACAACACAUCUUUGAUUAGUUUAAACAUCAUUUGAUGGUCUUAUAAUAUCCACAAAACCUUCCUGAUCUGUAACACAACGAGUGCAGGAGGUUAAAUUUCAGAUUCUAUUUCCUGUCGGCUUAAUGCAAACAUGUUAUUAUAGAUGUGAAGCUCAAAGCGCCAUCUGCUAAUACAAACUGUUCUUUUUUUAAACCAUUUACGCCACUAACUGUCAGACAUUGUCGCUUAUUUCUGGUUUGCGUCACACAUGCCAGUUUAUAAAAAAAAAAAAAAAAAGGGCUUAAGAGGGAUUCAGAGGAUGACCGAGCCUUUUUUUUUUUUUUUUUUUUUUUGAUACCGCAGCUUUUGUUUCCUCCAACGGUUGAACAAUAGAAGAGCCAGUGGAUCAGAGGCCUCUUUUGAAGGGAGAAUAUUUAGGUGGAGCUGCAGGAUUUUCAAAAUAAAGCAGAGUUAUAAGAAAUUGGUGUCAGACGGUUAAAAGAAGUUAAAGCUGCUGAUGCUAACUGCAGCUUGGCUUUUGCUAUUAAACUUUAAAAAUAAGUUCAAGGUUUGCUGAGUGCAGCUUGGUCUCAUAAUUACGUUUUUUUGGUACAUUUCCUUAAAAUGGAAACAAAAAUCACUGACGAGGUUAUUUUUCCCACACAUGUGAUUCAGUUAACGGCUCAGAAGAUGUUGUUUUUAGCUCGAUACUGCAGCUAAAAUAAGUGUAUUACCAUUUUAAACUGCAUAUCUCUCACACUUUAGUGACUUUAGAAGGACUGUGAUCACACUCGCCCCUCCCUGAUUAUGAGCUCUUGUUACCACGGAGACCGUAUGUGCCUGACACUUCAAAAAAAAAAAAGUGAAGCAAUAUUGUCUUUGAGGAGUUCAUCCCAAAAAAACCCCCAAAACAUUCCCAAGAUCAUCUGUAUUUUGUUUUUCUUUUGCAUCUGUCUUGUUCACUCUGUUGUAAAGAUGUGAUUUUUGUGAUUCAACUGUGAACAUUUCACUAAAGCUCCUCGUAACACACAGUCUGAAGGCUGACAUUAGUUGCUGCUGCCACUUAAAACAAAGGACAAAAAUAAUGUUUUUCCUUGUCGACACAACUGAUGAAGCCGUCGCAAACCAAACUUAGAACAUGACGUUUUAAAGCUCGCACCCCAACUGACUCCUGGACUUAACGAUGAUAAACUGAAGACAAUGUUCAUAACUGACUGGUGAACUGACUGGUGAACUGACUGUACCUCAACACCUGUUUACUAUGAAAACACCACAGACGGGCUCAUACUGUUGCAUUGUGUGUGUAAAAAGAAAAAAUAAUAAUGACUGUCAAUAGACUUUGGUGUUUACUAGUUGGCGUUUUUUUUUUUUUUUUUUUUUCAGCUGGCUGACGUUACAACCACCUGUGUGUCUUUUACAUGAUGUCAAAUGUAUUGUACCUUUUAAAUAAUAAUAACAAAGGGCAAUAAACUCAUUUGAUGGAUGUUGUUAA